AUGAUUAGCGCAGAUGUACGCCUUGUUGGUGGUCCAACCUCCAAUAAAGGCACCGUUGAAACCAGGGAAGAUGGCGAUGAAGCUGACUUGUCAGAGUGUAUAUUGAAACCAACAGGAUGCGAAACAGCAGGAGCAGCUUCGUGUCAUGGUGAAGGUUAUCUUGGAUGCUUUGCGGAAAAACACCCUGAUCCAGUUUUAUCUGGUAUUCACGAACCCAAUAAUUCAAAUAUGACCAUUUCUUAUUGCAUCGACAUUUGUAUGAGCUCUAGCUCAGCUAACUAUACAUACGCUGGAGUUGAACGUGGAUACGAAUGUUUCUGUGGUGAGGCCAGUGAUAACUAUACCCUACAUGGAAUUGUAUCAGAUGAUUAUUGUGAUUUCAAAUGUUCAGGAGACCCUACCGAGAGCUGUGGUGGGGUAGGAUUCAUAGCUAUCUUUACGAUUCACGUCGAGACUAGUGAAACGACACCCGCCGUCGUGUCAACUGCGAAGGUUGACGAAGUGACCAUUCAACUAAGCUCAGAGAUGACCAGUCAUACCAGGGAUGCUGUGACGUCAUCAACAAUGACCACACUCUUGUCCACGCCCACAACGCUUCAACAAAAUUGCAAUUUUACAGAUACAGCUUAG